GUAUAACAGUAAGGCACGUGACCGGCUAGAUUAAAAAAGCGAUCGAUCUGCUCGGAAUAGUUUCGUCCUUGCAGUGUGUCUGUGCUAGGUCAACCAUCGAGAAUGGCAUACACCGUCCCUAAAGACCAUAGAGAACCACCAAGUUCACAACAGCAAGCAGAGAUUGAAAGACACACUCGUUUUACCGAAACGCAAGCGGGUGCAUUGCUGUGCCACAGCUAUGAUCGGCAACAAUACUGCAGGACGUACCAAAGCGAGGCCGACCUGGACAUUAUACGACGUUACUUGAAGCGGAAUCUUUGUUCACCCUAUCCAGACGUCACACUUCGGUAUUUCGUACAGAAUUGGCCGGAACUAUGCAUCAUAUGUUUUACCGAUACGCACAUUCCAAUUGGACUGAUUAUUGGAUUGCAAACGGAGCCGCAUGUGGGCAGGGUGGCCGUUUUUGCUGUGGAGAAUCGUGUGGAGAAGGAACUCGUCUGUAAGUGUGAAUAUAGUGGUGUGAUGCCACGGGAUAACUGCAUUUUGUUUCACAGACCAACAACUGCUGGAAUUGGAAGUGAAGAAGAUGCGCGAAAUCGGAAUACGCAAGGUCGUAAUUAAACCAUCAGAAGAGACCAAUGGAAAGAAACUUCGGCGGUAUUUGGGAAGCGCACCAUUGAGAUAUGUAAACUCGAACGGAGAAUUUCAGUUCUAUAUCUGAGGAAGUUAGCCGACUCCGAGAUAGUCAAGAGACUGACUACAUUUCAUUCAGACGACAGAUUUAGUCUAAAUAAAAAUUUACUUAAGUA